UUUGUUGUUGACAUGUGUUGUGUCAAUACAUUUCUCGGAGAUUUGUUUUCACAUUGAAAUCAACACAUGAUUUACCCACUGAUUGUCCGUCACUUCGCGGGAACCGAUGUCUGAAUCGCCGAUACCAUUGUCUCAUUGGUAUGGAAACCGAUAUUAGAUAACUAAACACAGAGACAGAGAGAAAGACAGUUCCAGAGGGCGUCCAAGACAUCAUCGCAAGUGUUUGUUUACAAUACAAGACAUACGGACCAUAUUGUCCGCCAAUUAUCACCGCAGAGUUGAUCCGCUGAAGCGCUAACCAUACGCUAUGGCCCACAGAAGCCAUACGGAGACGUUUGUGCUGAUGAGGAAUAACGCCACCAAAAAGCGAUACUUUUAUAAAGAGUUCGAUAACGACGACGAGAGGGCGAAUCUGGUGAACGGCAAGAGCGACGCCAACGAUAUAGAGUUGACCACUAAUGGCGACCCAAUGGGUGACACAAUCGCUCCCGAGUGGCUCUCAAAUGUGGACGAGUUUCGGUACGAGUGCGUGAAGAUCAACACUAAAUUGGAUCAGCUGAAUGUGAUCCAAAGGGAGCACCUGAAGAGUAAGUCGACGUCCAUAUUCUCGGACGACUCGGAGUCGGCCGCCAAUCAGAGCUACGAAAUCGAGAUCGAGUUCAAGUGCCAAGAGAUCAACAAACUGUUCAAUCGUCUCCAUUCGCUCUUAAGUCAGAUGCAAGUGAUGUCCCGAUUGAGCGCCGACUCGCGUAUCGUGAAGAAUGUGUUUCAAUGGCAGUGCAAAGAGAUUCAGGAGUUGACACAUAAGUACCGCUUUUGUCAAAACAAUUACAUCAUUAAGUGUACGGAAAACGACAAAAUCGACGAACAGUUUGUCAUUACAUUUGACUCAAUUCCGGGCGCCGGCGGUGGAAGCCGUGGGGGCGACACCGAUAGGCUAAUGAUGAGUAACGGCGGGGAUCAGCAACAGUACGACGAUAUGUAUCAAUACUUCGAGGACAUGAGACCGGCGGCGAUGAGCGCCGGCCAACAGCAGCAACAGUUGUCGCAUCUGAUGAUGGAUUCGGAGCACCUGAAGGCCAGAGACCAGGAGAUGACGGCAAUCGUAAAGUCCAUUUGCGAACUAAACCAGAUAUUCCAAGACAUCAAUACACUGGUGGUAACGCAGGGCUCAGUGUUGGACCGAAUCGACUACAACGUGGAGACAGUGCAGCACAGGGUAGAGGACGGGGUACUGGCGCUCAGCAAAGCCGAGAAGUCUAUGCGAAGCGCACGCAAAAUGAAACUCAUAUUAAUAUUGAGUGGUUUUGUGAUACUUAUGUUCAUGUAUUUGAUUAUAUUUAAGACUUAACCGUAGG